AUGUACUGGACACUGGGGAGAUUUGCUUUCCGGGGCAAGUGCACAAGUGGAUGCUGCCGCCGGGCGGCAGAGAACUGCGAGUCGCACAGCUCCUUAAAGGGGUCUGAGGGCGGCACGUGUCACACGGAGACGUUCCUCGGCCUGUAUAACAAAUGUCCCUGCCAGCAGGGCCUGACUUGUAUAUUUCCGAAGAAUGAGAAAUCGUUUAAAAUCAUCUACGGCCAUUGUAAGAAAAUUGAAAAAAAAGAAGCCAGCUAAGAAAACUUUCUUUUAAUGAUCUCUCUUCCUUGCCUCCCCCCACUUCUCCUCCGCCUACUCCUGUGCCUACCCAGAACUGUGUGUUCCUGUCCCUGGUCCCUAGAGCCUCCCCCAACAGGGGAAGGACAAGGAGGGAGGGGUGAUGCACAAUCAUUGCAAUAA